AUCUUCUCCAGCUUUGGUACUAUGCAGAUGUGCGACAAAAUUCCAGAUGUGAAGAUGGUUACCCGGACAAUACGCCAGGUAUGUGCUGGCAGCUCGUCAACACCUAUGCAGCAUCACAGAGACUUCGAGCGCAGACGUUUUGACUCGAGCCGCAGCUCGCGCUCUGUACUCGGCAGCGGGGCGGGCAGCCGGAGCUCUGCAGAAGGUGUGGUUGCCGAGGCUCAUUGCAUACAUUUGAGCGCCUGCGGUUGAACAUUUUUUUGCAAGGACUGCGCGCAUGCGCGUCGCCCCAACAGGACAUUUAAAAGAAGGGGGGGGGCAAAGACUUCUUGAGCUCUACCCUAAGUUUAGUACCCUCGCUAGCAGAAGCCGACCAUGCUGCUCGCCGCUCUGGGCAGCGCUGCCGCCGGGCUCGUCGCGCUGCUCUUUCUCCAGAGGCUCCUGCGCCCCUUCUUUUGGGACGAUGUGCGCUAUUAUCGCCGGCUGCGCACCGCCGGCCGGGCCAUCAGGUCAAGGAUGAAGACGGGGGUCAUCACGUUCGUGGAUCGCUUCGUGGAGCAGGCGAGGAGGAGCCCCGACAAGCCCUUCAUCAUCCACGAGGGCCAGGUUUUAACAUAUCGGGGAGCGGACGAGAGGAGCAACCGGGUGGCGCAGACGUUGCGGAGCCGCAGCGGGCUGAGCAGGGGCGACACCGCGGCUCUCCUCAUGUCCAACGAGCCCGACGUCGUAUGCGUGUGGUUCGGGCUAUGCAAGCUCGGCUGCCAGGUGGCCUUCUUCAACUCCAACACCCGGGCGAGGGCGCUGCUGCACUGCCUGCGGAGCUGCGGGGCGCGAGCCCUCGUCGUGGGCGCAGAUUUAGUACACCUACUGGAGGAGGUGCUGCUCUCACCGCAGGAGGACAGGAUGGAGUUGUGGGUGGUGGACACUAGCACAUCUUUGAAGGGUGUGAAUGCACUGCUGGAGAAGCUCGACUCGGUGUCGGUUGAGCCCUUGCCCAUGCAUGAAUCCUCUUCGGUCAACAUCCUGUCCAACUUCCUGUUCAUCUUCACCUCGGGAACAACUGGACUCCCCAAAGCAGCCCGCAUCAGUCAUCUGAAGGGAGUCAUGUCUAUGUGCUUCCUACGGAUGUGUGGUGCUACAGAAAACGACAGGGUCUACAUCACUCUCCCGCUAUACCACAUGUCAGCCUCUCUGCUGGGUAUCGGGGGCUGUAUAGAAUUGGGAGCCACGUGCAUUUUAAAAAAGAAGUUUUCCGCCAGCCAGUUCUGGAAGGACUGCGAGAAGUACAACGUGACUGUUUUCCAGUACAUUGGCGAGCUCUGUCGCUAUCUCGUCAGCCAGCCUGAGCAGGUUCCUAAGGAGUCCUCCCACAGUGUUAGACUUGCUGUUGGGAGUGGGCUGCGGCCAGACGUCUGGAGGGACUUCAAAAAGCGUUUCAAGAAGAUCCAGAUUUGUGAGUCAUAUGGCUUGACUGAGGUCAACAUCGGCUUCCUUAACUACACUGGGAAGAUUGGGCCCAUUGGCCGUGCCAGCUACUUCAACAAGCUGAGUGUACCCUUUGAGUUGCUGAAGUACAAUCCUCUAACCUACGAGCCGAUCCGCACGGAUUCAGGGCGUUGUGUAAAAGUUAGUAAAGGAGAGACGGGCAUUCUGAUCGCACCUGUGUCAGCUGCAAACCCCUUCCUGGGAUAUGCGGGCAACACCUCCAUGUCGGAGAAGAAGCUUCUCCGUGACGUUUUCCAGGAGGGCGACCUCUACUUCAACACUGGGGACCUCAUGCUUCAGGACCACCAGGACUUUCUGUACUUUCGGGACCGCAUAGGAGACACCUUCAGGUGGAAGGGGGAGAACGUGGCCACGACAGAGGUGUCCGAGGUCCUGGGCAGUGUGGAUUUCCUGCAGGAUGUGAAUGUUUAUGGUGUGACCAUUCCAGGAUAUGAAGGCAGGGCAGGCAUGGCUGCCAUUGUCCUGAGGUCCGAUCAAAUGCUGGAUGGUAAGAAGCUGUACAGUCAACUGGAGCAGCACCUGCCUGCAUAUUCUUGGCCCUGGUUUCUUCGUGUUCAGACGUCCUUGCGCAUGACAGAAACGUUCAGACAGCAGAAGAUGAAACUGGUCGAGGAGGGUUUCUGUCCCACGGUUGUACGUGACCCUCUGUACUUCCUGGAUGCAACUGAGAAAGACUACGUUCCACUCACUAAGACCAUGUAUGACCGCAUUGUCAGUGGGAAGAUAAGGUUGUAAAUCCUUCCAUAUGAGAGAGCCGAAUUCAACGGAAAGGAACAAGAGCAGCAGUCGGUUGUCUUUGGUUACCAGGGGUGGUCACUUUUUCCUGGUGAACUGGGGUUCUUUCCAUGAACAAGUCAAUGUCUUUACUCAAAAGGCAAGCUUUCAAAUCCAGUGACUGACAGGUUGUCCAAAUUAGUCCAACUUUUUAAUAUUUACUUUUGGUUUACCAUCUCUAAAGAUUACGCAACACAAAUUUUUUCUUAGUUAUGUCGAUUUUUGCAUUGAUUAUGAUUAGUUAACGCUUACUGAUUACAAAAAUACCACUCGAGUGUCAGUUUUAGCUUGGUACUUUACAGCCAUUGGAAGAUUCUAGAAGGCACCAGAACAUUAUAGAAACUACCUAAACAUUCUAGAAAGCAUGAGAUCCUAAAAGAUACUGGUAUACAUGGUGCUUGGAACUUGGUGCCAAAAUACAGCAAAAUUUGCUCAUUUCAAGAAUGUGGAAUAUUUUUCUAAAAACUGACAUAU